CAGUGUAGAAAAUAAUCCAAUCAGAGUGUGGGAAACUGUAAUCCUGUCUAAUCCCACCACAUCCACGAAGAACGGAGAUCAUUCUGGCAGUAAGAGUGUCAUUGACACAAAGGUCACCAGCUACUUAUAAGGCAAAGCUGUUGAGGACACUAACAGGAUGUCCUUGGGAGCAAAAUGCUUGAGCCUACUAUUGUUCACAACUGCAACCUGGCUGUCUCUACGAUAACUGACCAGACCAGCUUCAACAACUGCACCUGAGAGAAAGACAUCACAGACUCUCUCAGAUAAAGAUGGGCUACGAUCUGGAACGCUUUGUGGGUUAUGUAAAUGAGGGUCUGCUGUGCUGUUUUUGUCGGGAUGUUUUGGAGGAUCCUUUGCAGGCUCCUUGUGAACAUGCCUUCUGCAGCUCCUGCAUUCAUGGAUGGCUCAUCCACCAUAACAGUUGUCCAGAGGACCGCUUACCUUUAAACAUCACACAGAUACGGCCAUUAUUCAGAUACAUGAGAAACGAUUUAGCAAGGUUGCAGGUGAGGUGCUUGUUUCAGCCACAAGGUUGUGAGGUCAUUUGCACCCUAGAAUCUAUUCAUAGGCAUGAGCAACAGUGUGACUAUGCUCUUCUGAAUUGCAGUAAUGCAGGCUGCCCAGUUCAGGUGUUGCGACGCUCUCUGGAAGCUCACCUGUGUGUCUGUGAGUACAGCAGUAGAAUCUGUGCAAGUGGCUGUGGAUACACAGUACUAAGCACAGAAGAAGCCCAGCACAAUUGUGUAUCUGAGCUCCGAGCUGAGCUGGACAUGCUCAGGGCAGAGUUAGACUGUAAGGUUGAAGAGGCAAGGCAUGAAAUGGAAUCUCGCUUGGAUUCCCAAAGACGACACAUGGUACAGAAAGAGAGUUUGCUGAGGAGUGAGGUGGAUGAACUUAAGGGACAGCUUUCCCGUGUGAUGUCAGAAGUCCGCGUUCUACUGGGCGCAGAAAGAGCACGCAGACAAGAGCUGGAGAGGGCGGAGCUUGAGAAGGCAGAGAUUCUUGAACUGUUAAAGAAGGAGGGACUUAGACCAGCCACUCCCUCUGAACCAGCAACAACAACUGCUGAGGGGCCAAAAAAGUCAAGCCCCCGAAACCUGGCUUUGGACUGCAUCAAGAGGAAGAAUAGAGAGGUGACCGUUAUUUGAGGACACUUUAAUGAG